AUGUCGGAAGAUUAUCCUUCUGCCCUCGCAAAAAUACGACCGCACACGACAUCAAAGCAAGCUCAUCAACGAAAACCUGCCCAGCUCCUCGUCGCACUCGAGUCGACGCUCGACCAAACAGACGCAGAAACAAGCACUCGUCACAAUCCGACGGCCUACUUUGCCGCUCUCAUCACUACAUUAGAAGGAUGUCUUUCAAAGGGAGAUACUGCACUGGAAGACGGGGACACACUGCCAGCCGUGCUGUACCUGCUCGCUCUUACCGUCCCGUUCGUUUCAUCGACGGUAUUGCGCACAAACUCCGCAAGAUUACUCCAACUUCUCCCUUCGAUUCUUCCCUUGACGACUCAUGAUCACGCACCACCUCUUCGCUCAAUGAUCACCAUCUUUGGCGCGAUACUCGCCUCGCUGGAUCAGGGCAUGAUUCAAGCUACCAUCAUGACAUCAGGUAGCGCCGCAACGAGCACCUCCAUUUCUAUCCGUCAAAUUUUCUCUACCCUCCUCGAGCUGACGCUCGACCCACGACCAAAAGUACGCAAACGCGCGGGAGAAGUGGUUAAAUCUAUCCUCGACACUCCACCUUUCCCACUCGCCGUACAUCCCUGGAGUAUUCUUGUCGCGGAGUGGAGCUGUACCGUGGUGGCGCAGAGUGCGGAUGCCGUUGGGCAAUCUGCGGGAAAGAAAGGUGUUGUCAAUGGUGGUACGGAGAGAUUAAUUCGCCUACUGGCGUUCCUCCGUACCACGCCCAGCGUAUUCGCUGCACCAAACGAGGAGAGAGGGAAAAGUAGCGAAGGCUCGACAUUGGAAACAAUGACGCGCUACCUCCUCGCAAUGCCCAAACUAUCCAACCCAUACCUCACCCAAGCAAGUUACCAACUGUUGACGUCCUUUUUCUCUGUAGAGGACGAAGAAGAGGAAGAGGAUGUCGCAGAGAGACGGCGGGCGAAGUCCAAAAACGUCCUCUCGACGUUGGUUCAAGCAGCACCUCUGAAAAAUGAUGUGCAGAUUGCACCAUAUUGGCUCGCGGUCGUUGCUGCGGCGUGCGCAUCUGCCUUCUCCGACACCUACAAAUCAUCUACGACACCAAAAGAGGUCCUCGAUGUCUGGAAUCUUAUGUGGACGUAUCUGGAUAGUUCUUGUGCUGCAGCGACGCAUGAAGCUGCCGCCGACGCCUUGAUGCUCCUCGCCUCUAGUGGAUGUUUCUCCACUUCCGAACUCCAGACAGGCGGAAAUGGUGUCAAAGCUAUCGUUGAGCUCGUUGAGAAAAGCUUAUCUCAACUGGCCUAUGCAAGUUCUAUUAAGGAAAUUCUCGAUGUCCUCGCGGCAUUGUUGACUACGUCGUCUCCGUUCGACGCUAAAGCCCGCAAAGUAAACAAGGCGGACCCAACGAAAUUGCACAAGAAGAUGGAACAGUCCAGCCCGUUUAUCCCACUCCUCGCGGCUAUGGUCCGUCUUCGCAAUACGAAGGGAUUCGAACACAAGGAGGCAAUAGAUCAAGUUUUGACGGCCUUUGUGAAGACUAUUGGAGUUGAUGGUGUCAUUUCCAGGGUACCACUCGGACUUUUGCCCAAGGAACGAGCUGCUUCAUCUACACAGCCUAAUGCGUACCUUCUUCCACUCAUUCCAUCACAGCAUCCCACGCCGCUCUCACAUUUCGUUUCGUACUUUAUUCCCCUCUCCGAGUCGCUUUGGGAACUUGCGCAGAAUAGUGAGAAAGAAGCGGAGCAAAAGGUGUAUCGAGUGUUGAUGGAUCAGGUUUGGGCCAUGUUUCCCAGCUAUUGUGCAGGAUGUUGGGAUACCUGCCAGACAUUCAAUAACCAAUUAGCCGAACGACUGACACAGGUGCUCUAUAAUGAGCCUACUCUUCGACCUCCCAUUCUUCGUGGGCUCAAAGCAAUCGUCGAAAGCAACCUCAUCGUCACCAAGCAGGCUAAUGGGAGUGACUGUGAUGACGACCAAGUUACACAAGGUCACAUGCUGCCGUUAUUCGAUGCCCAUGUCGCGAGAAAGAACCUGGCGCACUUGAACUCGCAAGCAAAAAGUUGGCUCGCAGUACUGUUCAACGUCUUUACGAGUGUCGAGAAGGAUGGAAGGUCAAUGGUUGGAGAUGUGAUUGGCGUUUGGGCGUCCAUCGCCAACGAGCCGGAGCUAGCUGGUGCGUAUCGAAACGUCCUCUCCCACCUCAAUCAGAAUCUAUCCGUCGCGACAAGUCAAAGCAAGGAACAAGAAAAGGCUGUAAAGACACUCACGCAGAUGCUUGACAUCUUGCUUCUGUUAUUGCUCUACCUUCCUGCACCUCAGCUCCGCGAAGUGGCCAAAUUAUGCCUGGAGAAGGGUGUAUUGACACACCCGGAUGGAUCUGUGCAGAAACUCGGGUACCGUGUCCUUACGCGCACCAUCGUGCGGUUACUGGAGAUACCUACAGUGGACGAGGUGGAGAAGCAGACGAUGGUCGUCAAAAUCUUGACCGACUUGGAGACGUCGAAUGAAGUUGCCGCGGGUGCUGUAAAGGAACGGCUUGGGUGCCUCUCAGCUCUUAUCAGUCACCUCCCCACAAACUCGCUUCAUCUCGUUGUCUCUCAUCUUAUGGAAGCUAUCAUGGGUGUGAAAGAACAUUCAGAAAAGUCGCGAAAGGCCGCAUUCGAGCUUCUCGUCGUUAUGGGGCAGAAGAUGCGCGAAGGUGGAACGCUACGUAUGGACAUUGUGGAAUCCUCUGCCUCUGGCGGAACGGGAGAGGAACGGCAGGCGAACGUGGAAGAGUAUAUCAAGAUGGUUGGUGCCUCGCUCGCCGCUGAGCGUGAUCAUACAAUCAGUGCCGGCGUUAUGAGUCUCUCGAGGGUGCUGUUCGAGUUUAGAAAUGACAUAUCAGAGGAAACGCAAGGCCAAAUCCUCUUGACUGUCUACCCGCUUCUCGCCGUCAAGAAUCGUGAAAUUGUCAAGUCGGUCUUGGGUUUCGUCAAGCUCACAAUUCAUUCCCUCCCUUCCGACAUUGUCCACGCACACUUAGAACUCCUGGUAUCCAACCUCAUUACAUGUCUAUCGAUACAUAAGCAUCAUUUCAAGGUCAAGAUUAGGCAUAUCCUCGAGCGGUUGAUACGCAAGUUUGGAUGGGAAGAGGUUGAGGGACACGCCAGUGCGAGUGCGAGCGGUGAGGGAAUGGAGGGUGCUAUGAAGAUGCUCGGUAAUAUGCGGAAGCGUAAGGAGCGAGCUGCGCGGAAACGACGCGAGGCAGCUGCGGGAGAGGGAGACGAGAGCGACGAGCACACGAAUGCACGCGCCAAGACCGGCGAUGCAUUUGAAGACGUACUCUACGGAAGCGACAGCGAGUCGGAAGAUAGUGAGGCUGAAGAAAAUCAGAAAGAGAAGUCGGCUGCGAGGAGUCGAGACACAACCUCCAAGAUACGCAAGAAGAACUUGAUGGAUCAUGCAACGCGGUUGCGUGCUGACGACGACGAGCCAAUGGAUCUGCUGGAGGGUGCGGCUGGAAAGCUAGCUAAUACCGCUCAAGCACGGCGUCGACAGCCUGGGAAAGAAGCCUCCAAGUUCCGCGUAGAUGAGGAUACUGGCAAAAUGAUCAUUCACGAGUCCGACUCGGAGGACGAUGAAGCGCGCCUGAAAUUAAAGCACACCUCGAAGAAGUCAGCAGUCGACGGUCAAAAAGUGUCCAUCGAGGAUGCUUUGGCUGGCGGAGCAUACAAAGAUACGCUCAUCUCUGUCGAUGGCUUUACGAGAAAUCCAAAUGGGACGAUCAAGUUCCACAAGGACACAAAGAAGCGACGACGGGAGGAGAUGGAAAUGGGAGACGAGGAUGUGGAAAUGGCGGAUGCCGAGCACACUGGCAACAAAGGCUCGAUUGGAGAUGGAAAGGCGGAUAAACGACCCAAGAAGCCAUUAAAACUUGGACACGAGUUUAAGGCCAAGAAAGCUGGUGGGGAUGUCAAGAAGAAUGGUAUCGAUCCUUAUGGAUACGUUUCGCUUAGCCAGGCGUCUGGUGGAAAGAAGGGACGAGGCAAAAACAAGGUUGCUAUCUUGGGGAAGUAA